AUGCCGAUUCAGACGCGAGAGAAAGCGUCGGGCGUUAGAGUCCUCUGUAUGGAGAACGAGAAUGUUCUUAGUGCAAAGAUCGCCAAAAUCCCGAAAAGAAUCCUCAUCAUCGGCUCUUCGGUCGCGGCCUUGACGGUGGUCAUCCUCGUAAUCCGAUUCUUCAUUGAGAAAUUUGCCGUCGAGAAGAAGGAAUGGAGCGGCUACUACGCCCUCAACUUCGUCCAGUUUUUUACCGCCGGCGUGACUGUCUUCGUCGCGUCUUCGCCGGCCGGACUUCCUGUUGCCGUUGCAUUGUCUUCUGCCUCCUCGGUUAAGUUUAACAACCUUGUCCGUGACUGGCACACCUGCGAGAUGCUAGGCAAGGUCACUUCUAUAACAGUUAACAAGACCACUUCACUCACCACCAACAGGAGGAGAGUUGUACAAAGCUACGUUGGAGGCGAGCACUUCAUACACUCUCCCCGCUACGACGACCUGAACAGCAACCUGGCUGAGGCCCUAGUGGCGGCGAUCUCGAUUAAUUCGGCCUAUACGUUCCGAAUUAUUCCGGAGGCGAACCCUGAUGACCUACACAAACUGGUCGGCAACAGUACGGAUUGCGCGCUGUUGGACUUUGUAUCAGACUUGGGUAAGAGUUACCAGGCCUACCGGGACGAGUUCCCUGAAGAACGCAAAUGCAAAGUCUACCAUGUCUCCGCCACGCGAAAUAUCAUGAGCACAGUUGUUCCCCAAAAAGAGGGUGGAUUCAGGAUCUAUACAAGAGGCGACUCUGAAAUGGUCACGAAAAAGUGCUCCUUCAUAUACGGCAAGGACGGUCAAAUAGAAAUCUUCACAGAAAAUAAAAAAGAACUCUUCAUCAAAGACGUCAUUGAACCCAUGGCAUGCGAAGGCCUACGCACCAUUUCGCUAGCUUAUAAAGACUUCGUCCCCGGCCACGCUGAAGUCAAUCAGGUUCAUUUCGAUUCGGAACCCAACUGGGAAGAUGAGAACCUCAUCAUCAGCAACCUGACUUGUAUCUGUGUUCUUGGUAUUGAGAGUCCAUUGCUUCCCGAUGUGCCUAAUGCAAUCGAGAUAUGCGUCCUCCGUCCGUAAUGGCACGCGUACCAUUGACUACUUAACAUCAACGUGGCGCGAUCCAUCGCUUCUGAAUGUGGCAUCAUCACGCCCGAUGGCGACUCCCUCAUCAUUGAGGCCACGGAGUUCAACGCAAGAAUAAAAGAUAACGAUGGAAAGGUUAAUUAUUCACACAGUUUACAUUUGCUUGACCAAGUGACGCCUAACCUGCGCGUGCUGGUGAGCUCUUCAUCCGCUGACGCCCACUCCUUAGUGAAGGCCCUCAAGGAGAGUGAAGUGGGCGUCGACAGGAGAGUGGUCGCUGUCACAGGUGACAGCAUCUGCGAUUGUCCUGCUCUCAGAACCGCUGAUAUCGGCUUUGCCAUGGGAACCGACGGCACAGACGUGGCUAAGGAAGCCUCUGACAUCAUCCUCAGGGAUGACAACUUUUCCUCCAUCGUGAAGGCUGUGAUGUGGGGCCGUAACAUCCAUGAUUCCAUCGCCAAGUUCCUGCAGUACCAACUGACCGUCAACGUCGUGGCCGUGGUCGUGGACUUUGUCAGUGCUUGUGCCAUCAACGCUUGUCCCCUCGAGUCUUCAAUAACUGAUUAA